UUUUCAAAAAUAGAAUUCUUGUUAUUUAAAAAAUAUAUUGACGUUUAAAAAAAGGCGCGAAAGGAAUAAAUAGUAUUCUUAUAUUUUUUUUGUUUGUGACGACAAUUAUAGUUUUCUUUGUGCGGCUUGAACUUACAGAAGUGAUUAUUUGUUGUACCAAAUUGUGUAUUUUAAGUUAUAUUUUAAAUUAGCUUGUGCAGUUCUGCCAUACCCUAGUAUAAAGUGUUUCAAUUCUUAUGUAAUUUAUAACAAAAAUAAUGUAAUUUGCAACAGUUAUGAAAAUGUGAAGGAAUAACAAACGUUUGUUAAGUUGAACUGCAAAAUGGCAUGUGUAAAACUAUUUCAUUGAUUUGUGUUUUCAAUAAGACUUAAUUUUGAUAUGUGAAAAGUGAUAACAUAAGUUAAAACAAGACCUCUUUUUGAAGUCGGUUAAAAAGGACAAGAUGUACAAGUUAUUUGCGGCUAUAGUGAUUUUGAUGUGCGUGGAAGUGCGCACGAGUGGUAUAUUUCACGAAAAUACCAAAAUAACGUUUCAUCCAGAUGUAGACUCUGGAUUUUUCGGAUACUCCGUGUUUGUAUAUGAAUAUGGGAUUAUGGUGAGUGCUCCAAAAGCUAGGAGCAAGGUCAAGCCUACCGUGUUCUCUGGAUUGGUCUACAACUGCUCUAUCAACAUCGUUGAUGACGUCAGUGACGUCAUGUGCUACCCCAUGGAUUCUGAUUCAGUUUCAGACCGUUCCAGAAGUUACUACAGAUAUAAGUUCUUGAUUGAUUUCUUUAGAGAUGACAUGUGGUAUGGAGCUUCUAUGGGCGCUUUGUCCAACAAUAAAAUUUUGAUCUGCGCACCAAGAUAUGCAGAACUUUUCAAAGAUAACCAUAUUCUGCCUUACGGCGCUUGUUACAUGCACAAAAAGGGACGGGAGAUGCCUGUCUACCCUUUAGCGGAUAAAGGUCAUCUGGCUUAUAUGAUCGAUGGAAAGAGGAAGGAAUACGGUGACUACGGGACGCAUUUGAACUUCUACGCUAAUGGACAAGUGGGGAUGUCCAUGAAAGUUACAGAAAGUAACACGGUUAUAAUCGGCGCCCCUGGACUUUUGCACUGGACUGGUGGCAUAGUAAACUACAAAUUCAACCCUGCAGAUGAUAGUAUAUACUUCGCCAAACAAACUACAACCAAUCCGUACUUCACCAAGGAACUGGGGCCAGAUCAUUAUUUCGGAUAUAGCGUAGAGUCUGGUAUUUUCGAAAAAUUCGGUCAGGUGCUAUACGUCGGCGGAGCACCUCGGUCUAAUGGAACCGGACAAGUGUUAAUAUUCGAACCAGCAGUAAAAGAAAACGCUCCUCUGAAAAUCCAAGGUGUUCUCAAAGGACCUCAGCUGGGUGCCUAUUUCGGGGCAAGUUUAUGUUGCACGGACAUUGAUGGUGAUGGAAGAUCAGACCUUUUAGUCGGGGCUCCCAACUAUGUGCAGAAUGAUGGAGGAUUGCCUUAUGAUCAAGGAGCCGUGUUUGUUUAUAUGGCUUCUGAUUUAUCUGUAAAGGAAAAAGUGAAGGGUCCCAACUUUAUAUUAGAGCCUGUUGGUUACGUAAUCGGUUCGGGACAAAGUGGCGCGCGAUUUGGAACAGCUAUUGCUGGUCUGGGAGAUAUAGACGGGGAUGGAUAUAAAGAUAUUGCCAUCGGCGCCCCGUGGGAAGACGAUGGAGUAGGAGCAGUAUACAUUUACAGAGGAACUACUAGAGGGCUCAAGAGUCAAUACGUCCAGAGAAUAGCUGGAGAUCACGCACAAGGCUUCGGCUGGUCCAUAGCUAAAGGAUUUGAUGUGGACCAUAAUAAUUGCAGUGAUUUAGUAGUAGGAGCUUUUAAAAGCAACACAGUGAGUCUAUAUCGUUGCGUGCCGACAAUACAAGUGCAUGCUUCUAUAAAAGUGCCAGACGCUAUGAACCUGCCACAGAAUUCGACAUCAUUCACAGCCAUGUUCUGCUUGACUGUGCCAGCGAAGCAUAUGUGGUCUCAUGUUAAACUUGAUCUAAAAGCUCGUAUAGUAAUAGACCCAGAGCAGAAUAGAGCGAGGGUUUCCGGAGACUCGGAGUACAACAUCACCGUCAAGCCGGGGAACGAUAUCUGUGGAGAGCAAACCGUUGAAGUUACUCCGACCGCAGAUUUGUCAAGGCCAAUAUCAAUCAAGUUUGAACUGGAGCCGUUGGAGCUACUUCAAGAUAAUUCAUCAACGUUCCUUAACGAAGCAGCGAGAUUGUCAGAGGACUCGGAGCUGCAGUCAUCAUUCCUCAUCCAACUGGUUAGGGACUGUGGAGACGAUCUCAUUUGCACACCAUGGCUGGUCAUGACUUGGGAUGCUUUGGUCAACCCAUACAUCCCAGGGUCGGAAAAGCCUUUAGGAGGAAGACUGACUGUUCUGAACAAAGAGGAACCUGCCUACGGAGCCAAGGUCUACAUAACCCUCCCAGCAACACCAAUAAGAGUCCCAAGCGAAUGUUCUUUGAAGGAAUUAAACAUGACUUGCAAUAUACCAGCUCCUUUAGAGCGAGGUGAUGAAAUAACUUGGGAUAUAGAACUGGAGUACACCGCACGAAUGCCCUAUGAGGAUAAUUUGAGGCUCGUGGCUGUACUAGAGGAUUCUUUGUACAGUCGAAAUAUCACGGAUGAACCUGUUAAAGAGCUAGUGAUUGAUAUUGUCCCUCAAGCUAACUUUACUGUGAGUGGCAAACCACUUCCAAACGGAACAAUAACUGUGACAAGACCAAUGUUAUAUGAAACUGAAAAUAUAACCUUUUCCCAUCAUUACGAGAUUAUCAAUUACGGACCGUCGGAUUGGUACAGAUUGGAAGGAGACAUUUUUAUACCAGAACAUAUAAAUUUAUCUAGUCCUAUCAAAGGAUGUUCUUGGAAUUGGAGCUCUGAGUGCGGCUGGUCUAUUCCCGCCAAAGUUUCUGUUCCAAUAGUACUGGCACUGCGUUUUGAUCUUGCCCAAUAUGUUUCAGGAGACAUGAAGGAAAACACGACAUUUAACGUAACUACAAAAUUAAGUUUUUGGAUAAAGGACCAAUUCUACGCAUCGGAAGUAACAACUACUCUGAUACUAGAACCAGGUCCACCAACUCUCUGGUAUCUUAUAGCGGCAUUGAUAGUUGGUCUACUGCUGCUUGCGCUCAUUAUUUUAAUUUUAUAUAAGCUCGGAUUCUUCUCACGAACACAACGUGAUAAACUAAAGGAACUUCAAGAACAGACAGCUCAACAAGACCAAGCUGAGACGAGCUGCAGUUCCUCAGAACUUCUAGACAUUAAUGACUCCACAAGGGAAUUAUUAAUAGAGGACUCAGAAUGAUGAUGUAGCGGCUAAAACGCGUUUCGUUUCGUUUUUGCGUUUUUGAUGUGAAGGAAUCGAGAAAACGUUUUUUGCUGCAAAUGUUUAGCAUACUGUUAAGUUUCCCAACGUUGUAUCUCAAAAAACAGAAUUAUUAGUUCAUUAAUGAAGGCAUGAUUGAUGUAUAGUCCGAAACAAUAUUUUUUAAUCUUCUAGUCAUUUUUUACCCAAUGCAAUAUGUAAAUAGAAGUUUAUUUGGGUUUAAAACAUUGGUCUAAAAAUUUCGUAUUUGCUAGAGCCGUUUGGAAAACAAAUUCACGAACAAUAUAAAUAAAACGGUUCAAACCCAUACAAGUUUAAACAACACACGUGAAUUUGCUAUUGAACGUGUGAAAUAACAUUUUAAUGAGAUAAUAAAAAUAGUUUUAUUAUCUUUUUAGUUUUAUUUAUUGUAGAGUUAUAUAAAUAUACUGUU